AUGUCGACGACUGGAGCUCCAAGUAGCUCCAUUCCACGCCGUUUGCUGCGGCCUCAGCUACGCCAGGCAACAUUCGUCCUUCCCCGAACCGGCCAACGCGUCAAAGGCCUCGUGAACCUGCACAACCCCAGCAUCGCAGGCGCAGCGGCUGCCAGUGACGAUAGCGCCAACGACGAGCGUCGCGGACUCCUCACGGGCGAAAUCGAAACCUACCACGAUGGAAUCAUACAGCGGGUCUCUGCGCGGGCGCGAGGACUGGCAAGCCGGUCGAAACAAUUUGUCGCGUCGGAGCAGGGCAUUGGGAUUUUGAAAUUCAGUCUUGCUUACCUGCUCGGUUCGUGCGCGACGUUCAUUCCGGCGAUUUCGAAUUUCCUCGGCCAGAAUGAUGGGAAACACAUGGUGGCUACUGUCACGGUGUACUUUCAUCCGGCCAGGUCUCAAGGGAGUAUGUUCCGCGCCUUGAUUUGCGCAAUGUUGGCGUUCUGUUAUUCGACCUUUUUGUCCGUUUCGAGUAUGCUCUUUGAAAAUUUGUUUCAGGAUGUUUUGAUGGCGCCGGCUAUUGGCCAUGCGCUUGUCUUGAUUGUUUUUUGUGGAGGUGGGUUGGGAUUUGUCGGGUGGACGAAGCAGCGCCUUGGUGAUCCUCUGGUCAAUGUUGCUUGUUCGCUCACAUCUCUCUCGACCAUCACUGUUUUGACAAAAGAAGGUGCCGUUCAGAGCGGGGAUUUGUCUCUGAGGAAGAUUUCCCAGGUCCUGAAAAUGGUGAUCAUGGGUGUGGUUGCUGCCACGAUGGUGUCCUUCUUGAUAUUCCCCAUCUCUGCGCGGAAAAAGCUCCGUGCGAAUCUGGUGACGUCGGCAGAUAAAUUGGCUGUCAUGCUAGCCUUGAUCACGGAGAGCUUUCUGAGUGGCUCUGAAGAGGUGCUUAAGUCGGAGGAGUUUCUUGAAGCCGAAGCCAAACACCGCAAGGCGUACAGUCAGCUUGACAAUUUAGUUCGCGAAGCAAAACUCGAGCACUUUGUGGCGGGUACCGAAAAGGAGUAUAGACUGGAGAAAAAUCUUGUCCGUUGGGUGCAAGAUAUCACCCAUAAUCUGGGAGGUUUGCGCAGUGCGGCUUCUUUGCAAUUUAGCUUGAUCCGAGAGACAAUCGCACGGGAGUCUGGGCCAUCGAGUGAAAACGGCUAUCCUGGGGGUAGCCUUCGCCCUGACUAUUUCGCUUCUCUUGAGCGAUCAUGGUCAUUUCCUGACGGAUCUAUCCUGGAAGCGAUUGAGGAGCGUUCCGAGGAAGAUUAUUCGCCAAGCGGGACAUUGAACUCCCAGUCAUCAAACAAAAAAGACGAUUCAAAUGAGAGAAACGCUCUGCUUCCUGCGGAUGUGUUCACGAUCUUUAUUUCACAUCUAGGACCGGCUAUGCGGUCACUGGCUUUUACAAUGAAAGAGAUAUUCAACGAGAUUCCUUUCGGCGCAGCCCCAACCUACAAAGUUUCGGUGGACAGUCGUCUCCGCAUGAGUUUAGACCGUGCCCUUGAGCUCUACCGCGAAUCACGAGAGAAGACACUAAAACAGCUCUACCAGCAAACGCAAGCCAUGAAAAUGAAGACUCCAGAAGCCGAAGCAGAUCUCGAGGAAGUAUCUGCCAGUUGUGGUCAUUUCAGUUUCUCGCUACUAGAAUUCGGCGAGCAACUUCACGAAUUACUCGCGAUAUUAGAUGAAUUGCAGCUCGAAUCGGAGGAAAGACCCAAUGGGCGAUCCUGGAGCUGGUUGAAAUUUUGGAAAUACAAGGGGGAACAUGUCGUUCGAAGAGAAGCUUCCUUUAUGGCCCCGUUACGCGCAGAGAAUCGUAAUGCUGCCCACACUCAGGCUCGUCUACGACCCGGUGCUGAGAGAAGCGUCAAGGAACGACUUGGCUAUCGUCUCUGGAAGUCCCUCGAGUUUUUCCGCCGCGAUGAUACCAAGUACGCGAUCAAGGUUGGAGCGGGUGCUGCGCUUUAUGCCAUGCCGGCUUUCCUCCCUUCCACCCGUCCAUUCUACACACACUGGAGAGGCGAAUGGGGAUUACUCUCGUACAUGCUUGUUUGCUCAAUGACCAUCGGAGCCUCCAAUACCACGGGUUAUGCCCGUUUCUUUGGAACAUGUCUCGGAGCCGUUUGUGCAAUUGUGGCUUGGAUCAGUACAAGCGGCAAUGUCUUCGGACUGGCUUUUUUCGGCUGGCUUAUGGCUGCUUGGACUGCAUGGAUCACUAUCGUCCGAGGCAAUGGGCCUAUGGGACGGUUCAUCAUGCUCACAUACAAUUUGUCUGUGCUCUAUGCCUAUUCACUCUCCCAAAAAGAAGGCGGCGGGUCGCAAGAUGAAGGUGGUCAAGAGCCCAUCAUCUCCGAAAUUGCACUUCAUCGAGUUGUGGCCGUGUUUUCCGGUUGUAUCUGGGGUGUCAUUAUCACUCGACUCAUUUGGCCCAUCAGUGCACGAGAACGACUGAAGGACGGCCUCAGUCUUCUUUGGCUACGAUUGGGUCUCGUGUGGAAACGGGACCCUCUAUCUUGUAUGGAGAAGAAUGGCCGGUCUGUUGUCUACAUGACAGCGCGAGAGAGACUCGAGCUGGAGCGAUUCCUCUCGCGUAUGGAAUCUCUUCUGGCUGCGGCGCGCUCUGAGUUUGAACUGCGAAGUGCUUUCGCGGACAGUACUUAUACUACUAUCAUCCGACGGACCCGAAACAUGACGAAUGCAUUUCACGCGAUGAAUCUCGAAUUAAUGAAGUCUGAUAUGGCGACCGCGGGCGAGAUUUGUCUGCUUCGGUAUACUGCGAAUGAACGACGACAACUGUCGGCUCGUAUCAGCCAUCUUCUUUCUGUGAUGGCUUCGUCUAUGAAGCUUGAAUAUCCACUGAGCGAUGUUCUCCCCAGCAUCGACCAUGCUCGCGACAGAUUGCUGGCUCGUAUCUACCGAUAUCGUCAGGACCAUGAGGCCUCGCAAUUAACUACCGACGAGGACUGUGCCCUGUUGUAUGCUUACAUUCUUGUAACUGGCCAGUUGUCACAGGAGAUUAUGGAGAUCAUUGCGGAGAUCGGACAGCUCUUUGGCGUACUGAGUGAGGAUUCCCACCCUUCGGCCUCGCCUCGUCGCGCUCCUGCGAGUCCUCCAACCAUGCAGAUCGACCCGGCCGCCCUGAGUCGCACCGACUCGGCCUCAAAUCCGGCGAAGAGUGCGACACCAAACGCUCAGUCGACCGUCAAAUCUUCCAGGGCUCUCAUCUCAGUUCCGCGACUCGAUCUCGAACACUCUUAUACGGACCUGAAGGCCGCCAUCGGAGACAAGUGGGCCGAGUACAAGGAGGCCACUGCUCUGUUCCUUUUAGGACAUUAUAACCAAAAUGAAUACGCGUCGCGAGUCGACCCCAUCCUAUGCGCCGACCCCAAAAUCGAACACCUACAUAAUAACUUUGUCUGCGCAAUUGUCGGCAAUCUAACACGAGACCUCCCCGACCAUGGCGUCGCAACAUGGGUUUCAGCGAACGAUAAGCCGUCAAUGGUCUCCAAGCCGGUCUCGGGCGACGCCGCCGAACAAAGAUUGAAGACGGAGGUUAUGCAAUUACCACCCAGAGACCGGAGACGAAUUAAGGGAAUUCCAGAGCGUGACCCCAACGAUCCAGCGCCAAACGAGCUGGAAGAAUACCACCUAGCAAAGCAGAUCAAGCUCCCAAGCCAAGUUCCCGCGAGCGCAGGCGGAUUAAACAAAACCAACUGGGAACUAGAAAUUCGAAAACGCUACGCACAGCCCCUCGCCGCCGAGACCGGAGAAUUCCCCGACGCCGAAUCGAUCCACGCACGCAUGGUACCCAUGUGCUACGAAGAGUCCCUCCCCAGCGGUGCGGGUCUACCCUGCGCGGAAUUCAUGGCGAUCGCGACGGACACGUUCGUUAAGGAGGUAUUAUCGGCUGUGUUUUCUCGGACACGGUCCAAUGGGCCUUCGGGAACUAUUAAUGGUAUGAUGAAGCGCAAGUAUCGAGAGCAGUUGGAAAGGGAGGAGCUUGCUUUUACACGUGGUGAGAUUGUUAAGGAUACGGCUACGGGGCUGUUACCUGUUGAAGCGAGGGAAGCGGGGACGCGGAGGGCACUCGGUGUUCGCGAUUUGCGAUUGACGCUUGAGUUGGGUGGUGGUGUGCUGGGGCAUAUGCCCUUGAUCAUUGACCAGAUUGUGGGCGGGUAUUUGGAAGACGAGCUUGAGACUGAGAAACAGGAUCGGGCGCUGGAGAAUGGGGUUGGGGCUGAAGUUGAGAGCAGGGAAAUCAAGCAUGCUCCAACGGAGGAUGAAAUGGAUCUUGAUGAUGAUGAUUCGUUCGAGGAGUGGGAGUGGGAGGGUGGGACGGUGGCUGAUCGAGAUCAAUUGGGCUCUUUACUUGAUGAGUGUCUGUCACUGGCUGCUUGA